AAGACACGAGUGGAUAAAGGUGUCAUGUCACAUUUUUUAAAAAACUUGUUUUAUUAGUACUUAGCAUUUUAAAUAGGUCAUAUUUUGAUGUGAGAUAUCAAUCUCAGCUAAACAACGAAAAGUUUCUGUGAUACGAAGUUGCUAAAGGUGUCAUGUACACAUUUUUUUUCUGUUUCAGUGGAGAAAGGUGUUAUUGUAACAUGACACCUUAAUCCAUUCAAAUAUUUGAGAUUUAUGCUAUAUGACACCUUUAUCCAUUUCAGUUUCGGAAGACCGGAUACCGUUGUUUUCUAGAUGACACUUCGGUGUGAGGUUAUGUUACGAAAUUUUUUGUAAUUUUCUCAGUUUCUUGGUGAUCGCCGAGCUCGCUGGUAAAAGAUUAUUUUUGUUGUUAAAUACUGUGUUGUGUAAACUAAAUAAGAACAUGUCUAGAGGCAAGCACAUUCUGUCACUGAUAAUAAAUAAAAAUGAGGAAAAGGCAGUAGAAGAAGAAAACGAAAAUAACUACACCUUUGUUAACAAAAAUGUCAACAAUCAAGAUGACUCUGGAAACCAAAAUAACGUGAAUGAUGACAUUUCGAAGCAAAUAGCUGAAGAACAUGCAGAUAAUUUCUUGUCAUCAGAGAGUGAAGAUAAGAGUUCCGAUAGUGAGUAUGAGCCCGAAAGUAGUGAAAAUGAAUCAACUGAGUCACCAGAUGAACUCAGUUUACCUGGUACAAGAAAUAUGUCUGGUGCCUUACAUCAUAUCACCGCUGAUACAAGAAGUGAUGGAGACUUACCAGAUCCAGUUUUUCUUGAAAGAAGGCAAAAUUUAAAACGAAAGAUAUUUGAGUUAAAGGAAAAAACUUCAAAAAAGCGCCAUAAAAAUGAAAAUGAGUGGAAAAGAAAAAAAUCAGCUAUUGGAAGGGAAAAGGGUGAAGAAUACUUAUCUCAGAAGGGUAAACUUAUACCGAGGAAAAAAAUUAACGAAGAAAUGCUUUGUAAGGAGAAGUGUCGACUUAAAUGUACAAAUAAAUUUAAUUUGGAAGCCAGAGAGGCUAUCUUAAAAAAGUAUUACUCUCUAGAUGUAAACUCCAAAAAUGCCUUGUUAUUUAACAGCAUAAGCAUUAGGCCUGUUAAGCGACAUCUAACAACGAUAAUGAAAAGACAAAAAAAAUUCUCUUUUACCUAUUCUAUUACAUACAAUCAGAAAACAGAGAUAAUCUGCCGAGAUGCCCUAUGCUCUCUCUAUCAGUUUAAUCGCAAAAAAAUUGAAAUUAUUCAGAGAAAGCUAAAAAAGGGAGAGUGUGCCCCAACACCUGAUAAAAGAGGUCAACACACCAACCGUCCUCACAAGAUCCCAGAAGAUGUAGUAGAUGCCAUCACUAACCACAUUCAACAAUUUCCUGCUGACGAAUCGCAUUAUUCCCGAAAUAAGAACUGCCAUAAAAAAUAUCUUUCUCCUUUAUUAAAUGUAUGUCAAAUGCAUAAGCUGUACAUUGAAGAUUGUAAAUCUAAAAAUUUAGAAGAUAAAUUUGUGGUAAAGCUUUCAUCCUAUAAUAAGAUUUUUUGCACCAAGUUUAACUUAUCAUUUGGGACGCCAAGAAGUGAUACGUGUAGUAUAUGUGAUUCAGGCCAGAACACGGAAGAACACACAGAAAGCUUUAAAAUGGCAUUUGAGAUGCAAAAACUUGACAGACAAAAACCUGUACUUAAUAAAAAAACUUGUUAUAUCACAAUGGACUUGCAGCAAACCAUGCCCUUGCCCAAAUUAUCAACAAACAAAGCCUUUUACCUGCGUCAGAUGUGGUAUUAUAACUUCGGGGUUCAUUGCGUAACUUCUUCUGAAUCUGUACCCUAUUUUUUUAACUGGACGGAAGACAUGGCUAACAAGGGAAGUGUUGAAAUUGCGAGUUGCCUAUAUAGAUUCUGCCAUUUACUUAAAGACCAGAAUGAAGAUAUAACCCAUCUUAUUAUUUGGUCUGAUUCUUGCGCAGGUCAGAACAAAAAUUUUAAUAUCAUAUGCCUAUAUCAACUCUUAGUUUUAAAUGGAACAUUUGAUAUUAUAGAGCAUAAAUUUCCUGAGGUUGGUCACAGCUAUUUAGAUUCAGACAGAGACUUUGGGAGAAUUGAAAAAAAAAUUCGUAAACAUGAAAACAUCUAUGUACCUGAGCAAUAUAGUAACAUUAUAAAGUCUGCAAGUACUAAAAAUGCUAUGACGAUAAACAUGGAAAACUACUUUUAUAAUUUUGAUGAACUUCCGUUGAAAUUAAGGUUGGUUAACAGAAAAACUAACAUGUUAAAAGAAAAGCUUAAUUUUAGAGAUAAUGUUAAGUGGAUUAAAGUUGACGAAUUUGGAAGCUUCUGGUAUAAAAAUAAUCUUGAUGAGUUUUCGCCAUUCCACAAAGUUGAGCUUUUUAAAACUGGAGUCAAAACAUUGACAAGAGCAGAUGAAAUUAAGUUACAUAGAUUUUCCGAAAAAAGAGGUGGUUUGACUUCCGAAAAACAAAAUAAUUUACGUGCUCAACUACAAUACAUAAAAGAUGAAUAUAAAUGGUAUUAUGAAAAGAUCUUGGAAGAAAAUGAAACAAAUCCUAAAGUUAAGAAAACAUCUAGGAGAACCGUAUAACGUGUAUUAUUAACAUAUUUUAUAUAAAAAAUAAGAUAUUUUUUAUAUCAUAAUAUUAUGUAAUAUUAAAGUUCUUUACUUGACACACUUUGAUUUAUUUUUUAUGUUUUCUAUUUCGAUGGAUAAAAGUGUCAUAUGCCAUUAAACAUGUUUAAACAUGAGAUAUUAUUUAGUUUUCUGAAAAAUAGCGUUUUACAAAGAUAUAUUAAUAGCGUUUCCAUCUCAAUACCAAAAUUCACAUUGAUAUUUAAAAUAACAAAAGAGUUACACUGGAAAUUAAUCAAGAAAUUUUAAAUCGAUUUUACUCCAAAACAUUUUUUUGGCA